AGGAGCUUGGUGUGGGGACACGAAGGGGAACUGUGCCUACCAGCGGGCUGUCCUGCCCUGGGAACUGAAGAGGAAGGAGAGACACUGCCCAGGAGGCCCGAUGGAGAGCCGGCCUUCGCGGCGGUGGGCCCCGCCGGGCCCCCUCGCGGCCCCCCUGGCGGCCCCCUGGCUCCUGGGCCUGCUCCUGUCCCCCUGGACCCUGCGGCUCACAGGAGGGCAGUCGGUGGCCCACACCGGCCCCCCCAUUCUGGCCUCUCUGGCCAACCAGGCCAUCUCCUUCGGCUGCAGAAUCACCUACCCGUACACCCCAGAAUUCAAAACCUUCACCGUCAGCUACUUUUAUGUGAACCGCCAGGGCCAGGAGAGCGCCGAGGAGCAGACGGGCUGCCAGCCCAGCGCCGGCCAAGAGAACCAGACCCACACCACGGUGUGCCAGGUCACCCCCAGGCUGCCCAGCGCAUUAGCCACCGGCACCUACUACUGCUCCGUCCACUGGCCGAGCUCCAGAGUGAGGGGCCCGGGCACCUUCAUCCUGGUCCGAGACACAGGCUACCGAGAGCCCCCAAGGGUCCCCGAGAAGAUCCUGUUCUUUAGCUUCAUCGGCGUCCUGGGUGCCCUGAGCAUCCUGGGCACGGCCCUGCUGCUCUGGAAGAAGAAGCAGAUGCGGGCGACCUGGAAGCAACUGGCUCCAAAGAUCCCGGCUGCGAAGAUCCCGGCCCCGAGCACGGCCAGCCCCGAGCAACCUCCGGACGAGUCCCUGUACACGGCCCUGCAGCGCCAGGACUCUGAGGUCUACGCCUGCAUGCAGAGCGAGGCCGAGGCCGGCAGCCCACCCCCCAGGAGGUCGCUUCUGUCCCAGGAGAAUGCGCACAGGUUUCAGAAUGAGAGCGAAUUUAACCUCGUCUACGAAAACCUCUAGGACCAGCUCCGCCUGCCCGUAGGUCUCACGUGGAUCAGAGGCUCUGGGCGCCCCCUCCCUCCAAAGGACUUGAUCGGGACCAAGAGUGAGGCCUCGGGGCGCCUGGCACUCACCCCCACAUUCCAGGCCUUCCUGCCUCGGCCUGCACCCACCCCCAGAGGCACCCACCGCGUGUUUCUCGUCUCCAGGCCUUUGUCCAAGUCGUGCCCUCUGCCCGGGGGCCCCUCCUCAGUCUUCAAGGGCUCUCAUGGGCCCCCCCACUCCCAGAGCCCUCCUCACCCUCUGCGCUGUCCUGGCACCAGCGGGUACCACGGCCUACAAGCCCCCCUGAGACUCUCAGGGGGCACCUGGCAAGGGACCCUGGUCAGUGCUGUGUGCACAGCAAGUGGGAAAUAAAGGAGCAACGGUGAA